AGGAAAUGCUAGAACUCGUGACCUUACCCAGCCUCACUGUGAACAGCGACUGUCGGGAUAAACCGAAGUUUAACUGUGCUGACGCGGCGGUGUGGACGCUGAGGGACAGAGAAGGCAGCACCAAAUCGGCCCCUCUCAGUGCGCCCCAGCUCCUUGCAAGACCUUGCCGUGUCCUACCCAGCCAGCCUUCCACAGCCAUGGCUGCCUACGGCCAGACGCAGUACAGUACGGGGAUUCAGCAGGCCGCCCCCUACACAGCCUACCCACCUCCAGCCCAAGCCUAUGGAAUCCCUUCUUACAGCAUCAAGACCGAAGACAGCCUGAACCAUUCUCCCAGCCAGAGCGGGUUCCUCAGCUACGGCUCGAGCUUCAGCACCCCACCCACUGGACAGAGCCCGUACACCUACCAGAUGCACGGCACAGCGGGGAUCUAUCAAGGAGCAAAUGGACUGACCAACGCGCCCGGAUUCGGGAGUGUGCACCAGGACUACCCUUCCUACCCCGGCUUCCCGCAGAGCCAGUACCCCCAGUAUUACAGCCCGUCUUACAGCCCCCCGUACGUCCCGGCCAGCACCAUCUGCCCGUCGCCCCUCUCCACGUCCACCUACGUCCUCCAGGAGGCGUCUCACAGCGUCCCCAACCCGAGCUCCGAGUCACUUGCUGGUGAGUACACCACACACAACGGACCUGCCACGCCGGCCAAAGAGGGAGACACUGACAGGCCGCAUCGGGCCUCCGACGGAAAACUCCGAGGCCGGGCCAAGAGGAGCAGCGACCCCUCCCCUGCAGGAGACAAUGAGAUCGAGCGUGUGUUCGUGUGGGACUUGGAUGAGACAAUAAUUAUUUUUCACUCCUUACUCACGGGGACUUUCGCAUCCAGAUACGGGAAGGACACCACGACGUCCGUGCGCAUCGGCCUGAUGAUGGAGGAGAUGAUCUUCAACCUCGCGGACACACAUCUGUUCUUCAACGACCUGGAGGAUUGCGACCAGAUCCACGUGGAUGAUGUCUCGUCGGAUGACAAUGGCCAAGAUUUAAGCACCUAUAACUUCUCCGCCGAUGGCUUCCACAGUUCAGCCCCGGGGGCUAACCUGUGUCUGGGCUCCGGUGUCCACGGUGGUGUAGACUGGAUGAGGAAGCUGGCCUUCCGCUACCGGCGUGUGAAGGAGAUGUACAACACCUACAAGAACAACGUCGGCGGCUUGAUAGGUGCUCCCAAGAGAGAGACUUGGCUACAGCUCAGAGCCGAGCUGGAAGCUCUGACAGACCUCUGGCUGACCCACUCCCUGAAGGCCCUAAACCUCAUCAGUUCCCGACCCAACUGUGUCAACGUGCUGGUCACCACCACUCAACUAAUCCCUGCGCUGGCCAAGGUCCUGCUGUACGGCCUGGGCUCCGUGUUUCCCAUUGAGAACAUCUACAGUGCGACCAAGACAGGUAGGAAGGGNUGCUUCGAGCGGAUAAUGCAGAGAUUCGGCAGAAAAGCGGUCUACAUCGUGAUCGGCGACGGUGUCGAAGAGGAGCAAGGAGCAAAAAAGCACAACAUGCCUUUCUGGCGGAUAUCCUGCCACGCGGACCUGGAGGCACUGAGGCACGCCCUGGAGCUGGAGUAUUUAUAGCAGCGUCGCUGUGUCCCCCCGCCAUCACGGCCACCAGGCGCCUCCUCACCUUCCCCACCUCCCCGCCGAGAACUCCAAAGACCCAGGCACUGGACACCAGGCGGCAUCCCUACCCAGGAGGACGUGUCCAAAGACCAUCUCAGAAACCAUCCACCCAGUCCCAGGGGGUCCUGAGAAGCAGUGUGCCCGGCAUCAGCCUCAGGACACUUGACUGUGGGGGGAGGGGCUGGCUCAGAGUCCAGACUUUCUUCAAGACUCAGAGAACAAAAGCUAGGCAUUGCUGAGCGGGAGGACUGGCGAUGAGCAGGGGACAGGUUCACUUCUUCUCUUCUUAAUUUAUGGCCUGAUCUCAUUACGCUGGUAUUACGCUCUUGUACCUGCCGUCGGUGUCCUUGGGCGUUGGUGUGGUUCUUUGAACAGGCGUGCGGUGGUGCGCUCCAAUUGAAGCACCAAGUUGUGCUUUAGGGGGACAAUCAUUCUUUGAACACUAGUGAGGGAGGCGGUUCGGGGCUCUCGAGAAGACUCUUGCUUAUUUUUGUGUUGAAGACCCUGCCUGACGUCAUGUGGACAGUGCACGUGCCUUAUGCUGCCAUCUUGAUUUCUAGGAAGAGGGGGACGCUGGGAAGGAAGUGGUACUUUGUGAUGGGUAAAAGGCAUUAAAUAAAACCACGUUUACAUUUUGAAGUGGGG